AUGAAGUUCGUCCUCGUGUUUGUGGCGGUGGCGGCGGCGGCGUGCCUGGCGACGGCCGCUCCUGGCGGAGGCUACGGGGGAGGAGUGUGCUGCGGAGGUGGAGGAGGCGGAGGCUUCGGAUCGAGCUUCAGCAGCAGCAGCAGCGGCUUCACCGGCUCCGGCUCCGGCUUCAGCAGCAGUAACAGCGGAGCUCAAGGAAGCGGCGGCUCAGGCUUCAGCAGCGGCAACAGUGGCUUCACCAGCGGAGGAUCUGUAGCCCAUCCCAUCCCGGCCAGCAGCGUGAGAAAAUGGUAA